AUGCCGUCGAUGGAAAAAUUGAAGGCCUCUAUCUCUGAGGCGGUUGUCAAGCGCGAAAAUGCAUUCGCAGCGGCUUCCACUCUGCUCAAAUUAAUUAAAAGUUUGACCACCGAAGCAGAUGUUGCCAACAUGUGCUUGGCCGAGUUGUUUAAGGUGGAGAAGACCUUCAAAGAGGCUGACGAGUUGAUCCAUCUGACUGCAUCUCCUUUGGCUGCGAAGCCUUCCUCUGUUGAUCUCCCCAUUCCUCGUGUCGAAUUGCCCUCUUUUCAUGGAGAAAUCGAGGAAUGGCCUGGCUUUAUCGCGCUAUUUGAUGCCCUAGUGCAUCAAAAUAACUCCCUGGCGCCAGUCCAGAAGUUCCAUCUUCUGGCAUCUUCUCUUGCUGGUGAGGCGGCUUCUGUCAUCUCCGGCUUCGAGAUGAAUUCGGUGAAUUACGCUCUCGCCUAUCAAGCCCUGUCCUCCCGUUAUCAAAAUCCUCGUCGGCUUGCUGACCUGUAUGUGAGCCAGAUACUGGAUUCACGGCCUGCGUCUGUUUCUUCCUUGUCCCAGCUGAAACAGUUCGCCAUCACGCAUCAAAACGCGAUCAAUGCCAUCAAGGCGCUGCCCAUACCAGAUUUAGCGGACUAUCUUCUGUUCUCUCUGGUUUUGCGCAACCUCGACGUACCAUCUCGUCAGUUGUUCGAGGGGCAGUUAUCCUCGGAUGACUUUCCCAAUCUCUCGCAGCUGCUCGAAUUUACCAAUCGACAGCUGCGAGUGUUGGAAAGCACUUCCAUCACUUCAUCCCGUUCGUCUGUGCCAAGGAGGUCGUCAAGACCACCAUCACCGGUAGCCUCAGCUUCUGUUUCUCCAUCGGCUGUGCCUUCAUCCUCUGGCCAGUCCUAUCGCCGUCCGGCAUACACUGGUUCGCGCUCAUCUCCAUCGCCCGCGUGUGUUUUCUGCUAUGCAAAUCACUCCAUUCGCCAGUGUCGUGAAUUCAAGGCCAUGACUAUUCAUAAGCGAAGAGCUUUCGUGACUGAGCAACGAUUGUGCAGAAAUUGCAUGUCGUCGUUCCACUCCACUGCCGACUGCGGGUCAAGUCAGUGCUGCCACACGUGCGGGGCACGUCACCAUACGAUUCUUCACCUGGCCUCUACUGCCACUACGUCGUCUUCCGUUUCCCACACGAGGGAGCAGUCGACAGACCAACUCCCCUCUCCACCUUCUGUUUCCCGCACGGAGGAGCCAUUGACAGACUUAUCCCCUUCUCCACCUAUUUCUCCAGAGCAGUCAGCUCGUACUUCCAUCUCUCGAAUUGGAGUAAGAGGUCGAUUAAUUAAUCUCGGCAUGUCGCGCACGUUUUCUAGGGGGGCAGGUUCAACAUCGUCUGGCCAUGGUUCGGAAUGA